AUGGGUCGCACCGGCGCCACCCAUUCUGAUGCCGCUACCGGGGUGCGUUUAUCCGAUGCGCAUAGCCGUCGGGUGGCUCCCUUUCGAAUCUUUUCUCCACCCACUUGGCCGCCUUACCCCUCCGGCGUCGAUGCGCCUGUGCGCCCGAUGGAAACGAACACGACGACGAGCUUAAGCGUAGGCGGGAUCCAGGAAGAGCUGACCUGGAAUUACGAUACCAAUCUCGUUGCGUUCACGCUCCUCUAUUACGACUAUCUCCUCACGCUCGAAUGGGAAGUAACGCGCUACUGGAGCCCUCGUGCGACGGCACCAAACGUCCUCUUCUUCUUAAAUCGAUACGGAAUGCUGCUCGGCACCGUCCCAGUCGUCAUCCAGUACUUCUGGGCACGGGGCACGCCAGAUCAGAAGCUUGCAAGCGAUCGCUUGGGUGCUGAUACGCCAACGCUGACUGAUGAUAGAUGCGCAACACUGCACUCGUACCACGAGUACUUUGCGGUGGCGAUUCAGAUAAUUGUCGGGGUCAUGCUCAUUUUGCGCACCUACGCACUGUACGAACGCAGCAAGCGCAUCCUAGUGUUGAUGGUCCUGGUCGCGAGUGGCGUGAUCGCAGUGGGUGUGUGGGCAGUUCUGGUUGGACCCAAGCGAGCCACGAACGAAGUGGCCCCGACGCUCGCGCUUGAUGUCGGCUGCACUUCUUCGGUGACGAAAUCUCAGGCUCUCGGACUCGCGGCAGCCUGGGCCGGGAUGGGUGUCUUUGACUGCACCAUAUUCCUGCUGACGCUGUAUCGCGCGUUGAGUCAAAGACGGGUGCAGGGCGUCAGACUCAUGACUGUUCUGCUCAGAGACGGUUCAAUCUAUUUUGGCGUUAUCGUUCUCGUUAAUCUUGCAAACAUUCUCACAUUCAUCCCUUCUGAUAUCCGAUCCUGGUCUGGACUAAUAUCUACAUAUCAUCUAGUCAUUCACCCGCGGUGUGCUGACUACGUUCACGAAUGUGUCAGUCAGCUUUCCUUCAUGCUAUCUAUGCUCAUUGACCUGCUCAGUAUAUCGUCGAUCAUGAUCUCACGUCUAAUGCUGAACCUCCGUGACCCAGCGCUGCAAAGCGUACCCGCUCCUUCAACUAGCCGUUCCACAGCGCUCAGAGCUUCAAGCUCGCAUGGAGCGCCGAUAUUCUCGACCUACGUCAGCGACGUAGUUGCUACCCGCACCUGUUAUGGAGAUGAAAAUGAGGGUGAUAUCGAAUUGGUGCGAAGGUUGUAGACGCUCAUGCACAGGACCGAUCGCAUGGGAUGUACUGUAUCUCCUAUCUGAGACUGGCAUCAAGAAUUCUCUGCGGGACUUCUGCAAAAUUCAAGUCCCGCCAUCGAUGUCGAGGGCCCCAUUUGACAUUUUUUCAAUGUUAGUAUGUAGCAUGAUGUGGCAAGAAUUAAGCCAACGUGUUGCAUGAGGCGCCGCGCUGUCGUCGUUGACAACGACGAGAUGGAAGGUUCGAGUCCCGCAGGGACCCACCUCACCGAGCCGCUUUAGAUUAUUCUGCUGACCUUUUCAGCGCAAUUAAGAGCUUCCGAAAACUCAACGAUCUAAUCAAGGACUAGAAUUCUGUGAACAUCCAGCCUGAAAUCAUGUGAAGUGGAAUCUCGGAAAGCUGUUAUCAGAUAGCAAUUCGGGAUGGCGUCAUUGCUGUUGCGCACAGCUUUCAGGCAGGAUCUCACUAGAUACAGAUUCGACACCAGCAGGCGGCGAUUUCAGGUCUUCGUGGCAAUGAGUCAAAUAUCCCAGAAAGGGUGUUUAUUCUGGAUGCAUUACAGAACACUGAGAGUUUAUAGAUCAGAUUGUCUUAGCCUCUCAC